AUGUUUCGUUUCACUCUCCUCGCGUUACUCUGCUGUGCCACCUCCAUCCGUGCAGGGGCGAUUAAGAAACGCUGGGGUUCCCAUUCUGGCGAAUAUGGCGGGAAUGGAGGAACACGCUUCUCACAAUCUGUAAACCAACUGGAUGGACCUAUAACGGCCCUUAAGAUCCGGGCAGACUCAUCACGCAUUGUAGGCCUCCAGGUCCGGUAUGGGAGGGAAUGGAGCGACUACGUGGGGGGCUCAUCAGGUGACUUACAGGCAAUCACGCUUCAUCCCGGAGAGUCCAUCAUCCACGUCUCUGGGAAUUCCGACUCAUACAUCCGCAAACUUCAUUUCCAAACCAACUUUGGACGCCACUUCUCUUUUGGAGUCAACAUUGGCACCAGUUUUAGCGCACAGCCGAUCUUCCCAGGAACUGUCCUGACAUAUUUCAGUGGCCGCUCUGGUGAUGUCAUUGAUGCCAUCAGUUUCUACUGGAAUACUAGGUGCUAUUCAACAGAAUGUCAGUGA